AUGUUCAUCAAGGAGAUAGUUCUUGACGGGUUCAAGUGCUAUGAAGAAAAGGUGACUGUGGCGAACCUCGACAGGUCCUUCAAUGCAAUAACCGGGAUGAAUGGCUCUGGGAAGUCCAAUGUUCUCGAUGGAAUACUGUUUGCCCUUGGGCUUGAGAGUACAAAAGCUCUGCGAGCCAACAACACCAGGGAGCUUGUUAAUGCCAACAGAAAGGAGUGCAAGGUGAGUCUUGUGCUGUGUAAUGAGGAAAAGUCUAAGAGCCCUCCUGGGUACGAGCACUAUGACGAGAUCUGCAUUUCCAGGAGCAUUGAUGCUGAGGGAAGAACGAAGUGUUACAUAAACAGCCAUCUCUGCACCUCAUCAGCACUAAGCAAGCUGUGUACGUCGAUGGGACUUGGGCCAAGAGGGUCUUUUUCCUCUAUUGUGAUGCAGGGGCAUAUAACAAAGGUUCUAAGUAUGAAGAGCUCUGAUCUCCGCGAGCUGAUUGAGGAGACUGCAGGGACAAGGUCCUAUGAAAGGGAGAAGGAAAGAGCAAUAGCGAUGAUCGAGAAGAAGGAAGAAAGACUUAAGGAUGUGCGGGAGAUGCUCCAGAGAAGGAUAUCCCCGUUCUAUGACAGGCUUCGGCAAGAAAGAACAAGGUUUCUUGAGACCAGAGACAUUCAUGAGAGGAGAAAGGAGUUGGAGCGGAGAGAGCAGGAGAUCAAGGGAAUGUUGGUGCGCCAUGAGAUAGGCGAGGAGAUAGACACACUAGAGAAAUGCUUGAGAAGCUAUGCCGGCGAAAUGAAGACGCUAGGGGCCAUUGAAAAGAGAAUUGAGGAGAUUUCUGGGGCCAAAGAGGAAGUUGAUGUUGUAUGGAUCAAGGCAGCUAUUGAUGGAGAGAAACUGAGGCUUGAUGAAUUGAAGGGCAAAAACCUGGAAGAGGAGCUUGUGGAGAAGAGAGAAGAGAUGAAGAGGAUGAAGGAUCUGACGCCCAGUGUUGAACUGGAUGAGCUAGUUGAGAGAGAAAGAUUGCUUGUGGAAAGUCUAAGAAGAAUAGAUUCUGGAGAGAAUGAUGUCUUGAAAAAGAUUGAGGAGGUCACGUCGCUUAAGUUCGAGAGGUCUCGCGCUGAGUUUGAGCUUAGCUCGAUUUCUGGGGGAAGGUUUUCCCAGGAAAGGCUGGACGAGAUUGAGAGGCUUAAAGUUUCUGAGGACGAGAUUGAGGAAAUGAGGAGGAAGGCCCACAUUUUGAGAUCGAAGAUCAACUAUCCGUUUGUGGAGGGGGUGUUUGGAACUGUUGAGGAGAAUGUUGAGGUAUGUGACAAGAAGUAUCUUGAGGCCGUGUACACUGUGAUGGGAUCGAGGGGUAAGUAUGUUAUAGCGUCUGAUGAGAAGGUUGGAGGGUUUUUGGUGAGCACUAUGGAAAGGAGUGUGAGUGUAAUACCGCUUUCGAAAAUAAGGGUGUUUUACCUUUCUUCGAGUGUCACGAGAGAGAUAGAAUCGAAGGGCGGUGUGAAUAUGGUCAGUCUUUUGAAGUUUAACAGCGAUGUGCGGAAGGCGAUUGAGUUUGUCUUCAACAACUUCUUUGUGUUUGAAAGCAAGGAGAUGGCAAGAAAGGUUUGCUUUGAGCAGAAGGUGAUGUGUGUAACUGUGGAUGGGACUGUGUACGAUCCGAAGGGAACGCUCAGUGGAGGAAAGACAAAUUUCAGGGUUGGCACCGUGCGUAGGAAAGAUGUAGAGGAUAUCGAAAGGACCAUUGGACUCCUAGAAGAAAAUAGAAGGAAGUUUGAGAGUAUGAGGGAAGAGUACGGAGAGCUACUGAGGGGAAAAGCAUUGCAUGAAAGAAGAGAAGAGCUGAAGGAGAAGAUAAGGUCUUUUGAUACAAGAAUCUCCAUACUGUCUAACCUGUGCGAGAAUGGAAUGAACAUCAAGGAAGAGCUGAGGGCUGUUCGCGAAAAGAUGGUUGAAGGGAUGAAGGAAAAGAACGAGAUUGACGGGGCUAUAGAAAGGAGAAAGAGGCUUGAAUGCAAGAUAAAGGAGCUUGAGUGUGCGAUAAGAAGCAACAAAGAAGAGAUUAGGAUGUGUGAGGAAAAGAUACUAUCGUAUGAAAGGAUGCUUGGGAAGCACAACAUGGAGAACGACAGCAGAAGAAUGAGUGAGAAGGAGAUUGAUGGGCUUGAGUCUAACCACAGGCAUUUAAUCAGGAGUACUGGGAAGCUGCAGAACAGGAUCACGAAGAUCUAUAAUGAUGUUGAGAGGAAGCUGAGUGAGGCGUCUGAGCACGGUGUAGAACAGAGAUAUGGAAAUGUCGGCAUGCUUGAUGAAGAGAUUCGUAUGGCGGCAGAAUCUGCAGGGAUCAGUCCUAGGUGCCUCUUGAUUAGGAGGAAAUGCAUAAGUGAAGAAGAGAAGGCAGGACUUACAAAAGAGCUGGAAAUGAUUACAGGUGAGAUGGAAAGGCUAAGAUGCAUGAGGAGGUCUACGAUGGAUCCAGCAAAUUUUGACCUCCUUGAGCGGAAUGAGCUGAUGAUUGAGGAGUUGAAGGAAAAGAUUGAUAAGCUUGAAAAAGAUAGGCUUGCGAUUGGGCAGAGCAUAUCGAGAUUUGAUGACCUGGGAUAUAAGGAGAAUCUGAAGGCAUUCAAGCACAUCAAUGGAAGGCUGGGGAGGUUCCUCAGAUACUUUAUACCAGGCUCUGAUGCAAGGAUAGAUGAGAGGAAUGGGGAAUACAGCCUGAAAGUCAAGGUUGGAAACUGGAAGGAGUCUCUAAACGAACUCAGUGGAGGGCAGAGGUCUCUUGUAGCCCUUUGCUUGAUAUUUUCGAUGCUGACGUACAGGCCGUCUUCCUUCUAUAUCUUCGAUGAGAUUGAUUCUGCACUGGACUUAAGCUACACACAAGGGAUUGGGGAAAUUAUAAAGAAGGAAUUCGAUAGUGCGCAAUUUAUAGUUGUGUCUCUGAAGAGCGGGAUGUUUGACAAUGCAAACAACAUAUUCAAGGUGUAUCUACAGGAUGGAAAGUCAAGGAUAUGUAGAAUAAAGUGA